CAAGACUUCCAUUUGCAUAACACCACAUUCCUCUUUCUUGUCUGCCACCAUCCCUCCGCUUGAUUUCCAUCUCGUCCUGAUCCGUGUGCUUUGCGUCCUCUCAGUGCUUCACCAUUCAUUCACGCCUACUCUCAUGUGCAGUCUUGUUUGGUUUCUUUGCGUUUUUCCAGCUCAGACAGAAGAGCGAGGGGAUUUUUUUUUCCAGUUUGGUUUUUUUUUUCGGACAUGAAAAGCACCCUUAAAGCCUUUUACUAAAUUGCUUUUGAAGAAUUUCUGAAUGAUACAAGAGGGACGAAUGAAGACAGAGUCAGUAAUUUAAUUGAUUAUUUUACGCAUCAACAAUCGCACGUAGUCUGGAGAGGAUAAAGCUGGAAACGCAUUGUGGGUUUUUGAAAAAUUACUUAGCUGUGCGGAGGGUGUCGCGGCGGUGGAACGAGGGGAAUUUAAUGAGAGGAACUAAUCCGGCUGUGUUAAGUUUGCUGAGGUAGGGUACCUGUCAGGGGAGGGAGAAGAAUAGCGAAGAAGCACCGUGGAAAGCUACGCGUCAUUUCCAAGACACCAGCGCAACAAGCCAACACCAUUACACCAGCCCGCCGUGUGAAUGGCACACGGGGUGUCUUCCUCUGUUGAACUGGUGCAGGGUGUCCACGCUGUGACCAGGAUCCAGCUGACAAUCUGGGCUUUCUAGCAAUAUGAAAGAUAAGUUCAUCUCCUGAGGCCACAACUUCCACACUGGGCUGAUUCACUGACAACUACACCCAGAGGUGUAUAGGAACCUUCACAUGCGCUGAUCUCCAGCAUUAGAAGAUACCAUCACGCCGCCAUGUUUCUGCACAAGCGUAUCUUGAGCUACACUCCACCUGCCAGCCCCUGCAUGUUCAUCUCUACUCUGCUGGUUCUUCUCCCAGGAGUCACUCAUUUCUCCUACGGAAGCACCAGCCAUGAAGACACCGGCAGCACGCCAGGCAACUGCUCCAGUGAAGACAACUGCUCAGAGGGUGUGGUUCUACCCAUGUGGAACCCACAGAACCCUGCGGUUGGCGACAAGGUGGCCCGCGCCAUCGUUUACUUUGCAGCUCUCAUAUACAUGUUCCUGGGCAUGUCCAUCAUCGCCGACCGCUUCAUGUCUGCUAUCGAGGUCAUCACCUCCCAGGAAAGAGAGAUCACCAUCAAGAAGCCAAACGGUGAGACGACAACGACUACAGUGCGCAUCUGGAAUGAGACGGUGUCCAACCUGACCCUGAUGGCGUUGGGCUCAUCAGCGCCAGAGAUCCUGCUGUCGGUCAUCGAGGUGGUGGGUCAUAACUUUGAGGCUGGAGCUCUGGGCCCCAGCACCAUCGUGGGAAGCGCUGCCUUCAACAUGUUCAUCAUCAUCGCUAUCUGUGUCUAUGUGGUGCCAGAAAAUGAAACCCGCAAGAUAAAGCACCUGCGGGUGUUUUUCGUCACUGCUGCCUGGAGCGUGUUUGCCUACAUCUGGCUCUAUCUCAUCCUGUCUGUGUUCUCUCCCGGGGAGGUGGAGGUCUGGGAGGCAGUGCUCACCUUCCUCUUCUUUCCCCUCUGCGUGCUGCAAGCCUGGAUCGCAGACCGCCGCCUGCUCUUCUACAAGUACGUCCACAAGCGUUAUCGUGCCGACAAGAACCGUGGCAUCAUCAUCGAAUCCGAGGGAGACGCUAUGUUCACCAAGAUGGACUUGGAGAUGGAUGGGCAGGGUGUGAACUCCCACACUCACCCCAAAGAGGCCCUGGAUGGGAUGCUGGAGGGGGUGGAGGAAGGUGGAGGAUUGAGCUCGGAGCAAGAUCAAGAGGAAGAAGCCCGGCGAGAAAUGGCUCGCACCCUGAAGGAGCUAAAACAGAGGCACCCAGAGAAAGACAUGGAACAGCUGAUCGAGAUGGCCAACUAUCAGGUGCUGGUGCAGCAGCAGAAGAGUCGGGCCUUCUAUCGCAUCCAAGCUACGCGUAUGAUGAUAGGAGCUGGGAACAUCCUGAAAAAACACGCUGCCGACCAGGCCAGGAAGGUGGUGAGCUGCCACGAGGCCAGUGGGCAGGAGGAAGACCCCAACACCAUCUACCUGCAGUUCGACCCAUCUCACUACCAGUGCUUCGAGAACUGUGGCUCGCUGAAGCUGUCAGUGAGUCGGCAUGGAGGAGAGAGCGGCUGCACUGUUAAGGUGGACUACCGGACGGAGGACGGAACUGCCAAUGCAGGCUCAGACUACGAGUUCGCUGAGGGCACUUUGGUCUUCAAGCCUGGUGAGACGACUAAAGAGUUCACUGUCGGCGUAAUCGAUGAUGACAUCUUUGAAGAGGAUGAGCACUUCUACGUGCGCCUCAGUAACCCACGUAUCGUGCACCGUGCCGAGGUCUCCGUCCUGGAGCCGAGCUCCAUCACUUCCAGCAACAGCACUGUGGGUCUUUCCCCCCACAUCCCUCCGAAGGCGGCGCUGGGCAACGCUCACACCGCCACGGUCACCAUCUACGACGACGACCAUGCCGGCAUCUUCACGUUUGAGAGCAACUCCACGAGGGUCAGCGAGAGCAUCGGCAACAUGCAGGUGAAGGUCCACCGGACGUCCGGGGCGAGGGGGAAGGUGGCAGUGCCCUACCACACCGUCGAGGGCACUGCCAAAGUCGGGGAGGACUACGACGAGGUGUCCGGCAAGCUGGAGUUUCAGAACGACGAGACCAUGAAGCUGCUGAAUGUGAAGAUCAUCGAUGAUGAGGAGUACGAGAAGAACAAGACGUUCACGAUUGUGCUGGAGGAGCCCAUCCUGCUGGAGGUGGGACAGAGACACGGAGACACCAAUGACAACAAGACAGCUGUGGGGCCGGAGGACGUGUCAAAGAUGGGCUGCCCCUGUCUGGGAGAGCACACCAAGCUGGAGGUGGUCAUUGAGGAGUCCUAUGAAUUCAAGAGCACAGUGGACAAGCUGAUCAAGAAGACGAACCUGGCUCUGGUGGUGGGGAGCAGCAGCUGGAGGGAGCAGUUUGUUAGCGCUGUCACUGUCAGCGCAGGUGAUGAUGAUGAAGAGGAGAGCGGGGAGGAGCGCUUGCCGUCGUGCUUCGAUUACAUUAUGCACUUCCUGACAGUUUUCUGGAAAGUCCUCUUCGCUUUCGUCCCACCCACUGAGUACUGGAACGGCUGGGCCUGCUUCUUUGUCUCCAUUUCCCUCAUUGGCGUUCUGACAGCUGUGACCGGGGACUUGGCCUCACAUUUCGGCUGCACCAUCGGUCUCAAAGACUCCGUCACCGCUGUGGUCUUCGUGGCUCUUGGCACCUCUGUUCCAGACACAUUUGCGAGUAAGGUGGCUGCCAUCCAGGAUCAAUACGCCGACGCCUCCAUUGGGAAUGUGACAGGCAGCAACGCGGUGAACGUGUUCCUGGGCAUCGGCGUGGCGUGGACCAUCGCAGCAGUUUACUGGCAGACCAAAGGCAAGGUGUUCAAGGUGAACCCGGGCUCCCUGGCCUUCUCCGUCACCCUCUUCACCAUCAUGGCGCUGGUGUGCGUGCUGAUGCUGCUCUACCGCCGACGUCCCGCAGUGUCGGGCGGAGAGCUCGGAGGCCCACGGACAGCCAAGCUCCUCACCUUCUUCAUGUUCCUCUCCAUCUGGUUCAUCUACAUCCUGUUGGCCUCCUUGGAGGCGUACUGCCACAUACCUGGCUUCUGAGACAAAGGGAAACGCACAGACACGACUCCUCUCCUUGUUUUUACACUCUCCUAAACGUGUUUCUCUCUCUGUUUUUGUCUACUUUCACAAAGGUUUAUAUCUAUUUGUAUCAUUAGUUAUUAUUGAUACUGCACAAUAUCUGAUUGACUUUGAAUCUUUGGACUUUGGAACUUUGCUACCACCCACGAUGCUGUGAAGGUUAGCUUUAGCCACUGAAAUUGAAACCUCUCUAAACUUUGUUUUCUUCCUUUUUUGAAAUAUUAUGUAACACAAGACAUUUAUUAAUCAUUGCUGUCAGCAUAAAUCAAAUCAGCCCUUCUGUCACUUGACACAUACAGCUUCUUGCAUCAUGUCCUCUCUUCAUGUGGACACUUAUUUGAGUUAUUAGGUGUUAAGAAAGCACAAGAUUGCUACCGAUUUUGGCGAGUCUUAUAGAAUGGAAAAUUACAGAUGGUGCAUGGGAUGACAUUAUACAGUACUUGACAUUUACAUGAAAUGAAAGACUGAUGUUACAGGUGAAACAUAUCUGUGUGAUGAUAUUUAUUACUCGAUCUAUACAUUAUUUAUUCAUUGUAUAUCAUGUAAAAGAUGAACAUUGUGCGUGGGAGUUUUGUGAAGGACUAGGUGUGUUUCUUUUUGCACGUUAUCGGAUAAACGGUUUCUUGGUAAUCUAUUUUAUAGUACUGUAUGUAAUCUUUUGACAUGGCUGUUGAUGUGUUGAUGUGUUCCUGUACAUGUGACUCACAGCUGUAUCAUACACUUGUCACUGCCUGGUGCCCGAUCCCACAGAGCUUUCUCAAACAGUAUCAUAGCCAGGUGUAAAAAUGCCUUUUUUUUUUACAAGAGAAGUGGAGGAGAGUGCCCGUGUUCAAUUGUACAAAUUCUGUGAGUACAUUAAUGAGUUUUGGAUGUGUGUGUGUGUGUGUGUGUGUGUGUGUGCGUGUGGUGAGUGUGUCCUCCUCUGCUCUCCAGCACAAUCUGGUUAAAGGCCUGGCACUGGCUCCUCUUAAAUGGUACAGGGUUAUUCAUGGCAAAAGACACAAAAACCGGAGUUGGAGUCUCAAAGCCAAUAUGAAAAAGGAUACUAGUUUUCUUAUCUGUCAUGCUGACACUGUGAACAUUUUUCAACAAAGUCACUUUUAGGGAAAGCACAGCAACGAGCAAAGGGACACUUCUCACCCAAGAGUAAGAAGAGUGAGUUCCUUAUCAUGGCACAAUCACCCAACACAGGUCCAUCAUCUGACAUGACAAAUGUGCUAAAAGAGAAGACAUGUACAGUAUUCCCUGAGUGUCUCCUUGUGUCGCACAGCAGUUGAUACUGAAGUUUGUUUUUUAUUUAGCCUAGAAUCUGUAGAGCCAUAUUUAUUGUAACAGUAUUACAGUAGAGGUAUUUAUAUGAUCAAUUUUAAUUUUAUUGAUAUGCACGUUUAAUGUAUAAAAAGUGGAAAUAAAUGUUGCUGAUUUAUGCCA